CGAGGGACGAAUAGGAAUAUAAAUUGGGCAGGAAAAAAGCAAAGCAAAGAAAAAAAAGGUGGUCAGCGUUCUUCAUUUUGCCAAGAGCCUCUGUCCCCUCACACUCUCUGUUUCUUCGCCUUUUAACCAUGGUUAGCCCUAUCCACUACUAGCUCUCCUCCAUCGCUGCUGCCGUCUUGCUCUCCCACUUCAUCCUUCUCCUGUCUGUCCAAAAUUUGUGCAAAGUUUGAGAAUUUAUUUACAGAAGUUGGCUUUCCUGUAUUGGAUUGAUUUUGUUUCAUCUUCCUCUGUUUUCUCUUCUCCUUCUAUGCACGAAGCCACGAACUGCUGUUGUUAGUAGUAUUUAUUGUCCUGAUAGAGUGAAGGGGAGAAGUGGGGGAAAAAAGGGGGAUUUCUGGAUUCGUAUUAUCGUGAAAGGAGAGAUGGGUAAGAAGAAGAAGGCGCAGAAGACAAAGGAGUUAUCAGUAGCCAUAGCAGAAGAUGCAGAGCAUCAUCCUCAGCCGCAAGAAGCAAUAGAAGGAGCUGCUGUUUCUUCGCCGGCUCCCAGAAAGAGAGGAAGGCCUCGCAAAAAUUCUGCGGCUGCUGAGCAAACAACAACGGCCAACAAUAAUGAUAAGCAAGGAGGAGAAGAAAAGGAAUCGACGAAACGGGUUAAAGUCAGCGAGAAGAAAGGAGAAGCUGGAUUACAACUGGAACAGCAAGCUGCUGCUGCUGCUGCUGGUGUUAGGAGAAGCAGCCGCAGGAAGAGCAAACCCAGAAAGAGCAGCUGAUAAAGAUAUCAUAACACCAACCGUUACAAAAACAGAAACAAACACAAAAUCUUUCGGUGUUUUUUCGUCUGUGAAUUACUAGUCCCCUGUACCGGCAAAAAAUGAGGAGAAGGUGG